CUACACCUCUUUCUCUGUCCUCUUCCCUCUCCAACCUCGGCUCUCUUCUUCCUCCUGAGUGGAUUUCUUUUUCUUUCCUUUUUUUGGAGGCUGAGCCCCCCCCCUGUUUCUCAAACAGCUCUGCUCCACCAGUUCUGCUCAGCGCCGGCCUGGAGAGGAGUAAGGGAGAGAGCAGAGUGGAUUCGGUGAACCGAGGAGAGACCGACAGGGGAGAGGGACCAUGGCUGCGCUCUCUGGCGUGCUGAAAACCUGGGUGAUACUGCAGACCCUGUGCCUGGCGCUGGCCCAAGUGAGGGGUCCACCUGGACCUCAGGGCCAAGCCGGCCCACCAGGCCCCUCCGGCACUCCCGGGUCAGACGGCAUCGAUGGAGAAAAAGGACCACCUGGGUCCCCGGGUCCACCAGGACUAAAGGGAGAGCCAGGAGAGCCAGGCCCUGAUGGAGCACCAGGAGAGAAUGGCAUUGAUGGUUUGAUUGGAGCAAAGGGCGAUCGAGGUCCCGUCGGGAGCGCCGGCCCGAAGGGUAAACCUGGACCAGCUGGCGAGCCUGGACCUCCUGGACCUGGCCUUCCGGGACUAUCUGGCACUCCAGGCCCAAUUGGUCUUCCCGGGGAAAUUGGACUAUCUGGUCCAAAGGGUAGCGCGGGAUCACCUGGACCUCCAGGACUUCCUGGGCCUCCUGGCAAGCCAGGUCCUCCAGGGAAGUUCAUUGGUGGAGAAGAGGGCAGUGCAGACUUCCAGUGUCCUCUUAACUGUCCGGCGGGACCUAAAGGGCCCCAGGGACUGCAGGGAGUUAAGGGACACAAAGGACGGGCUGGUGUUCUCGGAGAGCCCGGCAGCAUAGGAAAAACGGGUCCAAAGGGAGAAGUGGGCAUCUCUGGGGAACAGGGCAUCCCAGGACCUCCGGGUCCAAUGGGUCUGAGAGGUUAUCCAGGCAUGAUGGGACCUAAAGCAGAAGCAGGGCCUCGGGGUUACAAGGGCAUCAGCGGACCCGUGGGAAUCCCUGGACCUCCCGGUGAGGAGGGGCCUAAGGGACCGCCCGGAGACGCAGGAGACAAGGGAGACAAAGGCGGCCGAGGUAUCCAGGGCCCACAGGGUGCGGUUGGCAAAAAGGGAGAGAAUGGUCUGCCGGGUAUUGAUGGAAAAGAUGGUACGCCUGGUAUUCCAGGGAUCAAGGGCGGCCCCGGCCAGGCCGGGAUGCCUGGUCCUCCUGGUCCUCAGGGAGCAGCGGGAUUGCCAGGCAGCCCAGGACCAAAAGGUGGAGCUGGAGCUAAGGGAGAGCCUGGACCUCGGGGUCACGUUGGCAUGACUGGUGCCCCCGGACAUCUGGGUGAGCCUGGUCUUCCUGGUGUGGCCGGUAUGGAAGGAGUUCCUGGGCCUAAGGGGGACAGAGGCCAGAGAGGAGCAGUUGGGCCACAGGGAAUUGUCGGCAAGCCUGGAAACAAAGGAGAGAGAGGACCUAUCGGUGUUCCAGGUGCACAGGGUCUUAGCGGCACCAAGGGAGACAAGGGCUUCCAAGGAAAAGUGGGGUCAAAAGGAGACGAUGGUGACCCCGGUGUUGAGGGAUUGGCUGGCGAGAAAGGUGAAAAGGGUUUGUCUGGUGAACCGGGGCCCAAAGGACAGCAAGGCAUUAGGGGUGACCCCGGACACAAUGGACCAACCGGUGACCCGGGUAAACCCGGAGACGUGGGACCCCCAGGACUGCCCGGGCCCAGGGGACUCAAUGGAGAGCGAGGAGUACCCGGCAUGCCGGGCAUUCAGGGGCCGUCAGGACGCGAUACGUCUGACCAGCAUAUCAUUGAAGUGGUCUUGAAGAUGUUGCAGGAGAGGCUAGCUGCUGUGGCAGUGAGCGCCAAGAGGGCUGUGCUUGGCGGAGCAGGUGUAAUGGGGCCUCCUGGCCCCCCCGGACCUCCGGGGUCAGCCGGCCCGCAGGGGCCGCAUGGCUUACCUGGUGCCCGUGGCGUUCCUGGCAUGAUUGGGGGAUCUGGACAGAUUGGAAACACGGGACUUAAAGGAAAGCGAGGGGCAAAGGGAGACAGGGGCGAUCCUGGUAACCCCCACCCGGGUCCACCAGGACCCCCAGGAAAUACAAGGUCCUGCUGGUUUGGAUGGUGUGGCUCGUAACGGUAGGCACGGCGAGACGGGGCCCCAGGGAUCAGCCGGAGAAGCUGGUUACCCCGGUGCGGCGGGUUUGACAGGUCUCCCCGGCUACUGCGAGGCGGCAAUGUGUUUAGCUGCGUCGGCAUACACAUCCCCAAGAUUACAGGAGGCGGGAAGAAUCAAAGGACCUAAUGUUUAGAGACUUGGCUGUCCAUCAGCGGCUCAACUGGGAGAGAGAGGGAAUGAUUGAAGGCGUGACGCCACUCUUCUCUAUAAGAAACCAUUGAGAACGAAGGUUAGGGGACAAUAAUAAUGACAGCGCCCCCUUCUGAAACUGCCACCCGGAGGUUUUGACUGGUGGGGACAUACUCGGAUCUCAAGCACCCCCAUAUCGCCAUGACAACAGCAGCUCUCACCCACAUCCUUCUGAGUGCUGUAGCGUUUUUUUUGGGUGAUGUCAGUGUCUGUCCCAUGCUAAUAUCCCAACCCUGUUCUAGCAUCAGAUUUAUAUUGCAUCCCCCCGUUUCCCAUCACCGAUGAGCUGGGAGGAGAUGAAAACCAAGCAGGGUGAAAGGUACUUUUACACCGUGGUCACUUUGGUUUUACAUAUGCAAUAUUUUGACGUUAAAUUGCCCCGCUUCUCUUGAGCCGUCUCUCGUGAUGGCAUAAGUGUACAAAAAAGCCCAAUAAAUGAUUGAAAGUGACACACCGUACUGUAAAAUGUAUCUGUAAGCUUUCAAGUCCUUUAUUUACCAAAUGUAUAUUAAACCUCCCCACACACCAACACUACUCCUCUUCACCCCUUUACCUAAAUCCCAUUUUAGAAAACAACCGGCUUGAUCUUGUCCGAUUGUUGCCUGGCAACAGCAUACCCAGAUGGGCACUCCCAUCUCCCACAAUGCAAUGCUGUAAAUCUUUGUAAAUGUGUGUUGAUUAUUGUGUAGAAAAAAGGGGUUAUGAUAUGCACCAAAAGGUCCUGUGUUACUGAAUUCAGUAUUAAAAGGAUGUAACUUCAAGACAAUCAGCCCGAAUGUGCUUCCUAUGCCACUGUCAAUUUUCUACAGGGUGCUAGCCAUUUUUAUUUUUUGAUCAACUGAAGCUAUUUAUUGUUAAUAUAAUCAUCUGUUAGGGUCCUUUUUCGGCUACUCAGGUCAACCCGAACCAAUAAAGAAUAACAUCACAUCCAAUGCUCUUCUGUAUCAAGUGCGGCAUGGAAACAAGUUUGUUUUAUCUCCUUUCUCCUACUUUCUCCCAUUUGAAAUCUAUAGUAUGAAUUUAUGCAUGUUAAUAAAGUCCCCCAAAAAUGUUUCCAAAA